AGAAAAGGCAAUAUAUAUAUAUAUGGCAAGAGGGGGAAAAAAAUUACAGAUGUGAUUCAGAAACUUCAACGGAGCUGAAGCAAGGGAACAAAAGGAGCUGUCCUUCAGACGGGUGCAAAAUUAACAGAAAUCGAUGAAGAGAUGGCUUCCAAUUGGACCACCCCGAUACAGAACUGGACCUCGGUGACUGAAUUCGUACUGGUUGGCCUUUCCAACAAUCCUGAGACCCAACAGGUUCUGUUUGCCAUCUUCCUGGUGAUCUACCUGCUGAUUUUGGCUGGGAACAUGCUCAUCAUGAUCACCAUCGUGUUGGACCAGAACCUCCACACUCCCAUGUAUUUCUUCUUGAGCAACCUCUCUUUCAUUGAUAUCUGCCACUCCACUGUCACUGUGCCCAAGAUGCUGGCUGAUUUCCUGUCAGCCGAGAAGACCAUCUCGUUUGGAGGUUGCAUUGCUCAGAUGUUCUUCCUUCACCUCUUUGCCUGCACCGAGAUCUUUCUCCUCACCGUCAUGGCCUACGAUCGCUAUGUGGCCAUCUGCAAUCCCAUGCACUAUCUCAACAUCAUGAACCAUAAGGUCUGUCUGCUCUUGGCGGGCACCAUCUGGGUUGGUGGCAUCAUCCAUUCCCUUGCUUUGAUUGGCAUGACAAUCAGACUCCCCUACUGUGGCCCGAAGGUGGUGGACAACUUCUUCUGUGAUGUUCCUCCGGUCAUCAAGCUUGCCUGUACUGACACGUAUGUCAUUGAGGUCCUGAUUGUGUCCAACUCGGGCCUGAUCUCCGUGGUCUGCUUCGUGGUGCUGGUAGUCUCCUACGGUGUCAUCUUGGUCUCCCUUCGUACCCGUUUGGUGGCAGGUCAGCACAAGGCUCUUUCCACGUGCGCAGCGCAUUUGACAGUGGUGACUCUCUUCCUGGGACACUGCAUCUUCAUUUAUUCCCGUCCUUCCACAAGUUUUGCAGAGGACAAAGUGGUCUCGGUCUUCUUCACCGCGGUGACACCGUUGCUCAACCCCAUUAUCUAUACUUUAAGGAACGAAGAUAUGAAACGGGCCCUGAAUAAAUUGCUUGGCCGGAAGGUAGACACAGAGAAGUGAGAACUUGGUCCUAAUACGUGAGGUGCUGCUCAUCAAAAAUAUUCAAUAAAAUGUGACUGGGGUGGCCCCACAGGUGGGAGAAUACCAGUGGAUCGAGAUGGGGCCUCCAUGGAUCUCACAUCUUUUAUGAGAUCAUCAUACAAUGGCAGAAUGUGGGACUUUAAAUACAAUCUAGUUACUCAGAACAGGAUGCGGAAUGGUUUAAUGCUUUCCCACGUAUCUUAUACACUUUGUAGCUUCAGGCAGUUUGGAGCAUAAAUUCCAUAAAAAUUGGUAGUUUGAUUAAAUUAAAUGUAUUGGAAAUAAAGCAGAGUUUAGCAUUAUUCCUUCCCUUCCCUUCCUUUCCUUUUUCCCCAUCUCCCUCUUUUUCUUUCUUCCUUCCUU